AUGAAGUCUUACCUGAAGUGGGCGGCCGUUACUCUGGCCGCGGCCCAGCUUGCUACUGCUCAGACUUACACUAGCUGCAACCCGACCAAGAAGACCUGCCCCUCUGACAAGGGUUUGGACAAGUGGGAAUACUACGUCGACUUCACUGAGUCCGGCUCCCUCGAUGCCUGGAACAUCACUGCCAAGCCCGUUACCCAGACUUCUCUCGGUGCUAAGUUCGAGAUCGCCGAGGAGGGCGAGGCCCCUACCAUCGCCAGUGAAUGGUACAUCUUCUUCGGUCACGUCGAUGUCAAGUUGAGAGCCGCCAACGGCACCGGUAUUGUCAGCACAUACAUUCUGGAGUCUGGCGACCUGGAUGAGAUUGACUGGGAGCAAGUCAGCACCUACGACCAGGAGAUUCAGACCGACUACUUCGGCAAGGGUAACACCACUGGCUGGGACCGUGCCACUACCGUCAAUGUCACCAACCCCGAGACCGAGUUCCACACCUACAGUAUCGACUGGACUGAGGAGCGUAUUGAGUGGCUCAUUGAUGGCGAUGUUGUCCGCACCCUGAAGUACGACGAUGCCAACGGCGGAAAGGACUUCCCCCAGACUCCCUCCCUGCUGAAGAUUGGUAUCUGGGCCGGUGGUGACUCCUCCAACUCCGAGGGUACCAUCGAGUGGGCUGGUGGUGAGACUGACUUCGAUGACGUUCCCUUCGUCAUGUACGUUGAGUCCGUCAAGGUUAUCAACUACAACCCCGCCCAGUACUACAAGUACAGCGACAAGACCGGUGACUACACCAGCAUCAAGAUGUUGAACAGCUCCUCUUCCUCCUCUCUGUCCAACACCUCCAGCUCCUCUUCCUCUAGCUCUUCCGGCUCGAGCUCCAGCUCCAGCUCCAGCUCUUCCAGCGUUUCGGCCUCUGCCUCCAGCUACGCUACCUCCGGCGGCUCUGUCAUCUACUCCUCCGCGCUUGUGGCCUCCAUGGUCGCUUUCGCUGUUGGUGUCUUCCAGUUUUAA